UUCGUAAUAAAUGAAAGGGGCGAAAGAAGUUGAAGAAGGCAAUCACGAAGAAAACGUCGCCGUAUUCAUUGCCCGGCUGACUUCGCAAUCGUAGGAAAACAGAAAGAGCGCCCGCGCGACGCAAUAGUGUGACGGACUCGUGAGUUUCUCCACCUUCGCAUCCCAAUGGCUUUUCUGACUUCAUUCAGAUCCUUCUUUACUCUUCAAUCAAUGUAUCCCCUCCUUCCUUCUCUCUAAACUCUUUCCGUGUUUACAAUCACUAGCACAUACUCUCCUAUAUGAUUUGCUGAUUUGCACAGUUUGAAUUACAGGAAGGGGAGAAGCUCCGGGAAGUAUGGCGAAGAAGGCAUCAGCAGUGUCGUCGUCGCCGUCUCCGCCGCCGUUAUCGGUGCGGCAUAUGCUGUGGCUGGGGUGGAAGAUGGUGAUCGCUCUGUCUCUGGCUCUCUGUGUCUUGAUUUUCCUUAGGCUCCAUUACUACUCCCUCUCUGAUUCCGACGACCUCAUCACUGCUUCCAAAGCAUUACUCUCCGUUUCUUACAAACCGCAUCUCCAUCUCGCCGAAAAUUUCUCUGGAAAUCCGAAGGUUUCUUUCCUGUUUCUAACUCGAAGCAGCUUGCCUCUCGAUUUCGUCUGGAGAAGCUUCUUUCAGAUUGCUGAUCCUGCCAAUUUCUCAAUAUAUAUACACUCCAAACCAGGAUUUUCAUUUGAUCAUUCUACAACAAGUUCCCCAUUCUUUUACAACCGACAGCUCAAUAACAGCAUCCUGGUAGCUUGGGGAGAAUCAAGCAUGAUUGAAGCAGAGAGGUUAUUACUUGCAGCAGCUCUUGAGGAUCCAGCUAAUCAAAGAUUUGUUCUCUUAUCAGACAGUUGUGUACCUUUAUACAACUUCAGCUAUGUAUACAACUACUUAAUGUCUUCUCCCAAGAGUUUUGUGGACAGUUUUUUGGAUGUAAGUGGAAAAGACAACCGGUACAACCCAAAGAUGAAACCAUAUAUACCAAAGAGCAAAUGGAGGAAAGGAUCCCAGUGGAUCGCUUUGGUUCGAGAACAUGCAGAGAUUGUUGCAGAUGAUAAAAUUGUAUUACCAGUUUUCAGAAAGUAUUGUAAGAGGCGUCCACCAAUAGAGGCCAGUUUGAAGAGUCGGAAUCUUAACCUUCAAAAGCAGCACAACUGUAUCCCUGAUGAACACUAUGUCCAGACAUUACUUGAAAUGCAUGGUGUUGGAGCUGAACUGGAGCGGAGAACAAUAACUUACACAGUAUGGAACCAAUCAACAUCAAAUAUGGAAAAGGGGGCCUGGCACCCCAAAAGAUUUACUUAUUCAGAUGCAGAACCUGAAAAAAUCAAUAAAAUAAAGGACAUCAGAUAUGUGUACUACAAGACAGAGGCCCGAACAGAGUGGUGUAGUAACAAUUCAACACGGGUCCCAUGCUUUCUAUUUGCAAGGAAGUUUUCACGGGCCGCUGGGAUGCGCCUUUUGAGCGUAGUGGGUGGCUCGCUUGAGGGGUCCGCUGCUUCCAAGGAGCCUCCACCAUGAUUUUUUUUCCAUGAUGGCCUGUGUUCCUAAAUCCCAUUUGCACAUGGUUCAGUGCACAUGAGAUUCACACAACAGUUUCUGUUCCACCAACAUGGGCUAUGGACAAAGUGAGGACAUUUUGGUCGUGGCAGAAUAUACAGAGGGAUGACAUGAAUAGGUGUGUUAUUAGGUAGCAUGAUUGAGUAGGAGUGAAUCACUUGUAUUGUAUGAUUAAUACUAUUAUAGUAUAAUAGUAGUAAUUCAAGAAAGGUUGUUAUUCUUACUGUAGUUGCAAUAAACAGAGGGUUUCCUUGAAUUCACCUCUUCUAGGUGAAAUUACCUUUUGAGAUAUGCCACCUCAAUCGUCAGUCUACUGGACGUCACUAACUUUAUUGUUUUAGUUCUUCUAAAAACUUUAAUACUCUCUCUUUA